AUGAGUGAACCUAGUACUGGCUCUUACCAACACGUGCACCCGGCAACAAGUUUGCUGUCUGCCUCCAACCAGGCUCUUCCCAACCACAAAUCGAUGGUAGAAAACGACUUUGCACACUCAAGACUCGCAGAGUUCAGCACCGGCUCGCUUCUGGAUCCCGAGUUUGACAGCAAAAAACGGCUGGAGAUCGCCUUCUCGUUUAUGGUUCUCGGACGGAAAAAAGCAGCAGCCAGAGAACUGGCAAACGUGGUCAAGCUGGGGACUGUUUUGGAGAAGUCCCAGUUUCUGCGCCAGGUUGGCGAUAUUUUCAUGAACUUUGGCGAAACAGAGACCGCGUACCAGUGUUACAGAGAAGGCCUUCUCCACAGCAAGAUUUCCAAGGACGUUGACAUCACUUUGGUGACGUACCUUAAAUCGAAGAUGGCCGACUUUGAGAACGACCACACCGACUCGUCCAGCUCUGUGGGGUCGAUCAUCCGGUCUAAAGAGAAAACGUUCCGGUCUUUGAUCUCUGAGUUGUCUGUGCACGAAAAAUGCAGACAGGAAGUGGACGAGCUCGCACAGAUGGUGGCUGAUCCGCGUAUGGAGCAGAGAUGUCCCUUUGUGAAGAACUUGGUGGAGAACUUUGCUGCGGCCAGCGUGCUGGAGUCGCAGCUAGACGCGUUUGAGUUCAAUGAGAGUCAGGACACAUCGAUGGGCGAGUUUCUAAAUCUUUUGAUGCUGGAGCUGUUCAAAUUCCCCGAUCUUUCUCUCUACAAAAACAUUUUUAGCUCGGCGCGGCUGGAGCAGGUUUUGACAUAUCUCGGGCUCGCGGCGCCGGAUUUUGAGCUGCCGGCGAAUUUCCAGCACCUGCUCUCCAUCCUACGCGACAGCUACGAGGUGAAGGAGCCAAUGUCGAAGGUGAUGGAAAGUCUGGAGUUUGAGCUCAAAAAAACGCUGCUUCGAGGUUGCAAACAGUAUGUGGAAAAAAAUUACGAGGCCUCUCAGGAGACUUUCACCAGAGUGGUGAUUGUGUGCGACCUAUUGUCUAAGCUCUGUUGCAUGACGGGCUUCAAAGGCUCCGACAAACACGCUCUGGCAGAGCUCGACCAAGAGUGUCGCGAAAGACUGCGCAAGGUGAGCACCAUCUCCGGAAUUUAUUCGUCUCUCCACGCUGCGCAGAGUUUUAUUAGACGUCAAGACUCGUCGUUUGACGACCUCGCCACCAAAAGUGUCGAGCUGAUGGCCCUCCUGCAAAACCUCAACAAGUACUACCUGACAGCAAGAUACUCCAGAUUACCCAUCAAGUACGACUGGAUCCAUCUGGCACUCGGAAAGCUAAACGAGUGGCUGGCCAUCUGUAAAAGCCGCCAGUUCAGAAGAGACUCGAACUCUCACCACGACCUCAAGAAACUGGACGACACGCAUCUGGAGUGUAUGCUGAGCCACUACAUCCGCGCACUCAACCUCAAGCUUCCAGACGACCCGUGCAUCGUCACGCUGUACGACAAAAUUAUUUGGGGAGUGCUGAUGCAUGGUGGCUACCAUAUCCAGACCCUCUGGAUCCUCAAAUUUUUUCGGGACUGCUGUGUGCUCUACAGCGACACCUGUCUGCUCAGCUACGAGGAGGCGUCGUCGUACAACAGCGACGUGUUCAAGCUGCGGGACUACCAGGACGCCAACGUCCAGAUCGUGGUGAACAAGCUGUACGAGCAACGCAAGCAGCUGAGCAAGAAACAGGGGUCGAUUUUCGUGUCCUCGAGCGCAAAGUUCAUCCUGCCGCAGUUUUUCUACACGAGUUUCGGCGAGCUGGUCGCGUCCCAGGAGUACACCGUCACGCCGGCCGUGUCGCUGAAGCAGAACUUCAAGUUUUCCGGCGGCGUCAUGAAAGGCAUCCUCAAGGCCGACCCGGGAGCUGUGGAGUCCUGCAACAGCAUCAGCGAGCAGCUCCUGGAGGACUGGUCCAAGGGCAACUGGACGCGCCGCAACCUUGUGUCCGAGCAGAUUCUGCGUAAUUUCUUCGACUCCUACUACGACGGCAGCAAAUUGAAUGCGUUCUAA